AUGACAGUGACAUGUCAAGUUGAUGAGUCGACGCGAAGAUCGAACGCAAGGUUGCAUUCCGCCGGUCAUCUUUUGGAUGUGGCAAUCUUUGGUUUGGGUUUUCGUUGGCAACCAGGUAAAGGCUAUCAUUUUGCUGACGGGCCAUACGUGGAGUACAUCCCAUCCAAGGACGGCCGGCAGUUGGACAUGAAGGACGCCAAAGCCAAAGAUGUCGCAAUGGCAGAGAUGGCAGAUAAGAUGAAAGAGCUCAUAGCCAAAAAAGUUGCCACAGAGGUUGGCUUUGUUAAUGGAAUGCGCACCAUCACCAUGGACGGGGUGUCAUGUGGAUGUGGUGGUACCCACGUGGAGCUCAGCAGCGAGAUUGGCGAGGUGCUGUCUUGGAAGGGCCGCUUUGGAUGGAUCCGCCCAGAAAAGAGGAUCAAUCAUGAAGAGGCUGCCAAGCAUGGUGGGCGUGUGUAUGUGCACAUUUCUGAUGUAGAAGGGCGUCAAGAACUGUCGGAGAAUUCUCGAGUGUCUUUUCUGGCGUAUGGUGACGGAGAUGGCUUGGGUGCGGAGCAAGUUCGGGUGGAAGGCCAAGCCCUGGGGCGCGACAUAAUCGCAGGAGUUGCCACUGUUGUCAGAACGCGGGCAACACAACGCGGCUAUGGAGUUGGACCCUCGGCGCCUCCGCGCCCGGCCGGAACAGCCGGAGCUGGAGCUGCCGCGCCCGGAGCGCCCGGAGCGCCCGGAGCGCCCGCAGCCGCCGGAGCAGCCGGAGCAGCAAGCGCGAAAGGUCAAGGCAAUUCAUCAUCAUCCACUGCCAACGGAAUGGCGAUGGCUGCAGAAGCUGCCUUCAAAUAUAUCCCUCCGCCUGGAACGGUGAGAUGGUGGAAGGAUUUGGUGGGCGAUUGCUGUCCCAUUUCAUUGACCCAACUCGAGGAACUUUCGGUGGACCCAUUUGGACUGCUCGGGACCAGCGAGAACGACGAGGCCCUUCCAAGUGAAGGGAUUUGGGGCAAAGCUGGAGAAAUGAUGGUGCGAAACAACCAGCAACAAGCAGUUCACUGGUUUGAUGGCAUGUUCUUAGCAUCCUUCUUGGUCUCCAGUGGGCAGCUGAUAGAUCCUGUCAAUAGGAGAUCUUUGUCUCGAGGCGAGUGCAAGUCGCUGGAUGAGUACAUUCAAGCACACGGCUUCCCGGCUGUGCAUGUUACAGAUGCCUAUGACCUUGCCCGGGCUGUCAAAACAACUUCCCAGGCCUCUGACGGGCCAGCGGCAGCUCGAAUGGCAAUCCUAGAGCGGGAGGCAGCUUCGAUGCUGCGCAGCUUGUUCGACUUCCGCACUGUGGGGUCAAGGGGUGCGCAGGCCAGCGGACCGCCUGCACCUGCAACAGGUCCUGGCAAGGAAGCUCCAGUCUUGCAGCAAACUCACUGGCCGGCACUUGGAGAGCAGGCCGCGCAGGACAGAAAGCCUAGCGUGCAGCAACCAUCCUCGGAGAGGCGCAUCCGUACGUGCACCCAGAGGACGGUGCACAAUGAUGGUGGCUUGCAGGUGGUGGAUGACACAGAGUUUGACAUUGAGUACGAGGAGGAGGAGGAGGAGCAGUCGCCACCGGACCCGACACUUGCAGAUUCCGCUGCAUCGGUUCCUCGGCGAACGAGACUGGCGCGACUGCCCCGCCGCGAUGGUGCGCAGAUCACCUUCUCAGUGACCGGCCGCGCGCGUGAGCCCAUUGAAGGCCGCGGUGGUGGAGCACGAACAGCUGCUACCAGCACCCCUCAGCCACGUCUCGAGGAGGCGACCAGUGACAGUGAGGACGAGCAAGAAAGCGGAGCGUUGGAGGUAGAGGACUGGCGCUGCGAUCAUCACUGCGCGGCCUUGGCCAAUCAGCGAAUCAGGCCUGAGUGUGCGCCCAUCUUAUCCUUGGCUGACAGCACAGCGGUGGGGUUCGGUGACAAGUACGGCGUGCAGGUUGUGGAUGCUUCGAGCAGGCUGGCGGUGAGCCUUGUGGCGGCACGCGGAUCUAUGGACGACGUGGUGGACUGCGACCUGGCGGUCGUCAUCUGCUGUGGGUGGAACAACGUUCCGAAGACCGGAGACAAGUGCACGGCUAUGCAUCGGAGAAGUUUGGUGAACUUGUGCUCGGAGCUGCAGCUUUUGCGUCACUGGGAGCAGGACGCCGUGGACAUGAGGCACGCCGGCUACUUCGCGAGAGAGUUCGAUCGAACCUUUGUCGACGAUGGCCAGCAGUAUGCAGAGUUUUGCAACUUUGCCUCUACGCAAUCUGUGAAUCUUUUUCGAGAAUACGUCAGGCAGUUUUACCAGACACUGAAGAAGGGUGCCCAGCUGAACAAGUUAGAGCCUGGCUGGGUCCCGUAUGGCUGGGUGUACCUUCUGAAGGAGGACAAGCUGGUCACCAACAAAGCCCUCCAAGUGAUGCAGUUGACCAAGCCAAUUCCAGACACGGACGGUUGGAAGGAGGAUCGCACGCGGGCCGACACGGCUCAUCAGGCAGCCAAAGGUCACCGCACGCAGGCCAGCGCCGCGCAGGUGGUCGCUUGCAGACCUCUAGACGGAGACCUGGCGGUUGAGAUGCAGGUGUUGAGCGCCUGGCUCGCGUGGACCAGCGAUCUGCAGGUGCAGUGCCUGGUGGGCCAGGGGCUGGUCAAGCCGCAGGCCUACGAUGCUCUGACAUGCGUAUGGUGCCGCAAGCAAGAGAAGCUCUUCAGGCUUCAGUCGCUGGCGGCAGUGUUUCAGCACUUCGAGAGCCAGAGUCACGUCAGGUCACAGGACGACGGCGGAGUCACUCACACGCAUCCCGCCCCGCAAGAGCAGCAGCCGCAGGUGGAGCAGGAGCAGGAGCCGACAGACGGGGAGCCAGUCAACGACAGCUCCGGUCUGGAGUGGUCGAGCGACAAGCAUCUCCCCACCAGAGAUGAGCUCAUAGAACUCUCCAAGGAGCAACAGGAAGCAAUUUUGGGUGGAUCGGGCGAUUUGUCCUUCAAUAUGUCUCCGUGGAUUCGAGCUCUCGUCAGCAUUGUGUACGACUUCAACGAGGGGCUGCCGCAGUACUGUGCAGAGCAAGUCCUCGUUCUUUCGAAUUGCAAAACCACUCCCGUCACCAAGAAUCCGGUCCUCUUGAAGUUUCGUGGAAAGUGUGUGGAGGAGGAGGUGCUGUCAAGCCAGUCCAAGCUGUUGGGGAUGUGCUACUCGUUGCUGGGAGCGGCGCUGGGCGCAUGGGCUGUUGCGGCGGGCCACGACGACAGCAAGUUCUGGGAAGCGUCGGACGUUUUCCUCAUGAUCGCCAAUUGCCAGGCUAUCAAGCGAGAGCAAUCUCUACGCAAGGAUGCGCCGUUUCCGGACAGCAAGUUUCGGAUCUUGCGCAAGAUGGUUGACGGGAAAGAGGUGUUGGCCUUCCGCGUGGUUCCCACUGCUGCCCGGCAGUUCGACAACCCGACCGUUAGCCAGUACUAUAACGGCAAUAGUGUGAAGUUGCAUCGAGCGGUGGUGCAGUCGCAGAGCAGUCACAACCCGCAGCAGCAGCCAGCCAAGAGACAAAGACAGGGUUUUCCCGGUCUUGUCUGGCGCUCCGGCUGGCAUUAUGGCUGGCACAGAGGAGAUCACUCCGAGUGGGAAGCUGGGUGGCAAGACAGACAGCACUCCGGGUGGGAGAGCGGGUGGCAGAAUCGCUGA